GUGCUUGACCUCGCCCGCCAGUCCACACAACCCCCGACGACUCUCCACAGCACCUUUUCUCCUUUGAAGCCUCAUCCAAAAACAAGAUCAAUACCUACUUAGGUUCAUCACUCAUCAAUACAAAACGAACAAUCAAAAAUGGAGGACGAGAAAGAGCGAUUAUCGAUCGAUUUGGAUUCGACUCCCGUUGUGGAAGAAGAGGAUUGCGAUGAGGAUCUAGAUGUUUCCGAAUCAGGAACGCUGACUUGGCUAGUCAAGAUCCCCAAAUUUCUUUCCGAACGAUGGCAACAACAAGCCCAAAUUUCGGGAGGUCGGACCGAGCUGGGUGCGAUGAGAGUCUAUGAAGAUGAUAAUAGCGGCGGAAAACGGAAGAUCGAAAUCCUUUUGGAAGACUUACCCGACCUGCCACCAGUCCCUAAGCAAUACAAAUUGGACGUUAGGAAUGCGGCCACCGUGAACCUUUAUGUGUUUGAUGAACUUGCGAAACCAGAACCAGUGGCUUCCACCUCGAAACCCGAACCGACUGAAAGUACUUCUACCGACAAAUUCGGUAGACCUCGCCGGGUCCGACCCAAAGUUGCGCGUCGACCUAAGUUGUCGGGGACUAUUGCCCAUGAAUGCCAGGUUGCACCAGUGCUUGAUGAUAAUUAUCGUGCAGUCAUGCGUGCUCGUCAGCAGAAGGCCGCUCAGCCUAAACGGACCAUCAAACGCGUCAAUCAAGAUCUUGGAACAUUAAACCGAAUGGCUAGUGGAGUGACGACUCAUGCCCAAGCUAGCAAAUUUGCCGCAUUCACUAGAUCUGUGACCAAACCUCAAGGCACAGAGAAAUUUACGAGAAUGCCCCGGACGGAAUUGAUGGACACUUUGUUUGCCAACUUCUUGCGUUAUGAUUAUUGGGCGACGAAAUCACUCAGGGCGCAGACCAAGCAACCGGAGGCCUAUCUGAAAGAAGUCUUGACAGAGAUCGCCACCCUUCUGAAAGCUGGACCAUAUGUGGGCCACUGGGUUUUAAAGCCACAGUACGCUCAACUCAAUCGCUCCAAAGCUGCUGCCAAGUACGCCGAGGCCGAGGCUGCUGGCAAGGCGGAGGCCGAAGAGGCUGGGAAGAGCCCGUCGAAGAUGGACGAAGAUGAUGAUGAAAACUUCGGCAUGGAUGAUGAUGACGACGAUGACGACGAUGACGAUGAUCUCGAUAUGGAGGAAGUAUGUUGAUGUGCACUCACCAGCAGAAUCUGCCAUCCUCUUCCCUCAAAAGAAAAACUUUGUAAACUAUAACUCCCUUAUCAAUCCCUCAUGGUCAACAGUCCAGGCAGAAAGGUAUAACGAAAGCACCUCAACAUUUAUAAACAUCGGAUACGUACACACAUAGAAAUAUAAAACUCGCUGAUCUAUGAUAUAUUUAUGAUAGCAAACUAUAAAAUACAUGAACCUUUGCCAUAGAACUAGCUCGUCAAUCUGGGCUGGAUUUGUCUAUAAGAAAACGAUUGUUUUAAAAUGCAAAGCAAAAUACGGUCAAUCUAUCUUCUCCCCUUACCACCCAAUGGUCCGUCAACCCUUGACCCAUCAACCUCUAUCAACCCAUUGUCAACUUGUCUCUCUACCAAACUUAAUGAAGUGGUGGCAUAUACAGGCUAAACCCAUUGACCUACAAUGCGUGCUCUUAAUCCUUUACAAAGCAAACAUGUAAGAUGUCAAUCAGAUUGGUUGCUAUCUU